CGGAAGCUGGUGCGCAUGCGCCUGGGGCCGGCCUGGUCUCCGGCGCGUGCGCACGCGCGCUCUUGUCCCCGCCCAGCAUUCCGGGCGCCGGCGGGACGUGUGACGUCGGGUGGUUUAAUCCGGAAACGGCGGCGACCGCCGAGGCGACAGAACCGAGGGGCUGUCGUUGAUGGGCGCUCCGGGGCUCCCAGCGAGAAGAGCGUGACCCGGAAACGGAAGCGAGUCCCUGUCGCAACUCCGUCCUACCGGUGGGCUCCUGCGGCCAUGGACCUGCUGUUUGGGCGCCGGAAGACGCCGGAGGAGCUGCUGCGGCAGAACCAGCGCGCCCUGAACCGCGCCAUGCGAGAGCUGGACCGUGAGCGACAGAAGCUAGAGACCCAGGAGAAGAAAAUCAUUGCAGACAUCAAGAAAAUGGCCAAGCAGGGCCAAAUGGACGCUGUGCGUAUCAUGGCAAGAGACCUGGUGCGCACAAGGCGGUACGUGCGAAAGUUUGUGUUGAUGCGGGCCAACAUCCAGGCUGUGUCCCUCAAGAUCCAGACACUCAAGUCUAACAACUCAAUGGCACAAGCCAUGAAGGGCGUCACCAAGGCCAUGGGCACCAUGAACAGACAGCUGAAGUUGCCCCAGAUCCAGAAGAUCAUGAUGGAGUUUGAGCGGCAGGCAGAGAUUAUGGACAUGAAGGAGGAGAUGAUGAACGAUGCCAUUGACGAUGCCAUGGGUGACGAGGACGAUGAAGAGGAGAGUGACGCUGUUGUAGCCCAGGUCCUGGACGAGCUGGGGUUGAGCCUGACGGACGAGCUGUCAAACCUCCCGUCCACCGGAGGCUCCCUCAGUGUGGCUGCCAGUGGGAAGAAAGCAGAGGCUGCCGCCUCCGCCCUAGUCGAUGCAGAUGCAGACCUGGAGGAGCGGCUCAAGAACCUUCGAAGGGACUGACUGCACCCCCCGCCCCGUGCCACCCUAGGGAGCCAGCGGAGGGCCCAGCAUUUUCAUUGUACCUUCUGCAAUAAAAGUUGGCCACUA